GGCUUGUGCUCCCUCUUUUUUUUUCUUGUCUUUUGCUUAUUUUCUCUUCUGCUACUACGUAUAGCUUUCUUGCUUGUUUGCUUGAAUCCUGCUCCACCCGUGGUUCCCUUCGAAUUGGACUUACUUGAGGAUUAAUAAACCUAGUAAGCAUCUGGACCCUGGUUGGGCCCGAUUUGUUUCCUCUUCGUAUUAAAACGCUCACUGCAUCCUCCCCUCCCCUCUUUCGUUCGCCCAGCCCCUCCUUCUGCUUAAUUCUCUAAGUCUUAUUAAGUACCUCUAGUUAAUUAUCUUCCUUCUCUUACCCUUUCCCUCCUCCUUCUCCUCCUCCUGUUCGUCUUACUUAACUCCCUCUUCCCAUCACCACUUCCAUAACACUAAUACCCCUCCUCUCCUCUCCUCCCAUUUGGGAGAACCACCCCUCACCAUGUCAAUCAAACGUGCUCUUUCGAAGAUCAAAACAUCCAGAACGUCCACCGGGGAGGAUGGCCACAGUAGCCCCUCCGUGUCUCUCUCCCCGCGUCGCAGCAUCUUCAGCAACAUCCUGCGCGAUCGCGACUAUGUUUCCUCCUCCGAUGAUGUCUCGGACGAUUCCUCUGCUACCGGGGGAAUGAGCAAAAACCAACAGAAGCGCCUGGCCCGGAAACAGCGCAAGGAAAGUUCGCGCCUCAGUGAGGAUCGUCACUCAGAGGAUUCGGACAUGCGUCACAAGGAGGAGAUUGCUACUGCCGCCCGCGAAGAGACCGCCGAGAUGAAGGCUCGAUAUGGCGAAUUACCCCUCAUGCAAUCUCGAACCCGUACUCAUGAGCUACGUACUAAUUUCGUGGACAUUUCUACCUCUCUGGUUGGCCAGGAAGUCUACUUCACGGCCCGCCUGCACAUCAUCCGUCGCAUGAGCGCCAAGUUGGUCUUCUUGGUCUUUCGCCAGCAAUUAUUCACCUUCCAGGGCGUUCUGCAUGAUGAACCAGGCGUGGUUUCCCUAGCAAUGGUUCAUUGGGCCGAACAUCUUCGCUUGGGCAGCAUUGUUCGGGUUCGGGGCGUUGUUCAGGCGCCGCAGGUCCCCGUCUUGGGCUGCACCAUUCAUGAUGUUGAAGUUGCUAUCAAGGAGCUGCAUCUCGUUGUCCGUCGCGAGGAGCCCGUUCCCUUCAGUGUUUACGAGGCUGAAAUCCAGACUGCCGAGGAAGAACGUGUUGAGGGGCGACGCAGUCGCAUUCCCGAUAGAACUCGUCUCGUUAACCGUCUGCUUGACUUGCGUACUCCCACCUCUCAAUCCAUUUUCCGCAUCCAGUCCGCCAUCGGAAACCUCUUCCGCACUGCCCUUGACGAACAGAACUUCAUUGAGAUUCACACCCCCAAGUUGCAAGGUUCCGCCACGGAGUCCGGCGCUAGUGUAUUUCAUGUGCAAUACUUCGGUCGGGAUGCUUUCUUGGCUCAGAGUCCGCAAUUGGCUAAGCAAAUGGCCAUUGCGGCUGACUUCGGUCGAGUCUAUGAGAUCGGUGCCGUCUUCCGUGCGGAGAACUCGAACACUCACCGCCACCUGACUGAAUACACGGGCCUGGAUAUUGAGAUGGCCAUUGAGGAGCACUACCAUGAGAUGCUCGAGGUGUUGGACACGGUCAUCAAGAGCAUUUUGGAAGGUGUCUACCGCCGCUUCCGGCGCGAAGUCGACACCAUCAAGCACCAAUUUCCCUCUGAAGAUGUUGUCUGGCUGGAGAAGACCCCAAUCCUCCGAUUCUCUGACGGCAUCAAGAUGCUGAACGACUCGGGCUGGCGGGACGAAGAUGGUAACCCAUUGCCCGAGGACGAGGAUCUGAGUACCCGCGACGAGAUUCGCUUGGGAGAGCUCGUGAAGGAGAAGUACGGCACUGAUUACUACAUCCUUGACAAGUUCCCCGUCAAUGCUCGUCCUUUCUACACCAUGCCUGAUCCCGAGGACAGCCGCUUUACCAACUCCUUCGAUAUCUUCAUCCGUGGCCAGGAAAUCGUCUCCGGUGGUCAGCGUAUCCACGACCCACACAUGCUGGAGGAGAAUAUGAAGCGCGUGGGCAUUCAGCCAGACACUAUGGAGGAAUACAUGGAAGGUUUCCGCUGGGGAGCCCCCCCCCACGCGGGUGCUGGUGUCGGUCUUGAGCGCUUGCUGAUGCUCCUGCUGAAACUGGGCAACAUCCGCUUGGCUUCCCUCUUCCAUCGUGAUCCCCGUAGCUUCCCCGCGAAGCCCCCCGUGAUGCAAUUGCGUCAUCCCGAAUCGUCCACCAUUGAACCUCCGUGGGUGCGCGACAAGAAGGCCAGUGUGGCGGAGAAUGAAAGCGAGCUGCAACCCAUCGAGCACCUUAUCGCCAACUACGGUGACGCUACCUCCACUUCUUGGGGCGACGAACGUUUCAAGAUCUGGCGUGACAUGGGUACCGGAGCCGCCAUUGCCUACGUCGUAAGCACGAGCAACUAUGUGGUAAUCCCCGGCAAUCCCCUCUGUGACACCCGGCAAUACCGUCAAGUGAUCAUCCAAUUCCUGCAGUGGCUGCGGCGCGAGACCAAGUACAAGCCUGUCUGGCUUCUAUGCUCAGCUGAGGUUGAAGAUGUGCUUGGUGAACGUCUCGGCUGGCGCACUUUGUCCUGCAUUGCCGAGGAGCGUGUUGAUCCCACGCGCAACAUGGCCGCCACGGAUGGCGAGAUUGCCCGCAAGAUUCGCCGGGCAGAGAACGAAGAGGUCAAGGUGGUGGCCCUCAAGAACGGAGAAAUGGUGUCGGAUGAGGUGCGCGAGAAGAUUGACCAGCGCAUUCAAGACUGGCUAAACAACCGCAAGGGCACCCAGGUGCACUUGUCAGAGAUUCGUCCUUGGCGCGAUCCUGAACACCGCUGGUAUUUCUAUGCUGUCGACAAGUCUGGCACUAUCUGCGCCUUCGUGGCACUGGCCACCCUGGCGCCUGUGCACGGCAUGCAGAUCAAGUAUAGCUUUGAUUUCCCGGGCGCACCCAACGGAGUCAUCGAGUAUAUUGUCACCCAGGCGAUCCAGACGGCGGCUGCUGCCGGUGUCAAGUCUCUGACUUUCGGUGCUGGCGCAAUGUCCACGCUCACACCAGGACACAACUUGAAGGGUCCCAAGAUCAAGAUGUUGCAGCACACCUACGACACGAUCGCCAAGCAAUUCGGCUUGGUCCGCAAGAGCGAGUUCCGAGCCAAGCUGGGUGCCACGGACGACCCGCUCUACAUCGCCUAUCCCCCGCAUGGCAUGGGCACCAAGGGUAUGCGGGCCGUGCUUCAUUUCUUUGAAGAUUAGAGUUUCUCUAGAGAAAAGCUAUCUUUACUAAAAGGUACAAGCAAAUGUACCGAUUAGAGGAUGCUUUGCUUUUCCUUACUGCCUUCGAAGAUGGUUUGUCAGUCAUGGGUUGUUGUUACUGCUGCUGCUGCCGCCUUUACACUAUUCCCCCUUCUGUUUUGGUACUUGUUUGCUCGAUCUACCCCCUGAUGCCGUCUUUCGUUUCGAUCUAGCCGAUGAUACAUAAUUGUGUUGUGAUAAUAGACGCUCACAUGCCAUGAUUGAAUGAUCUUAAUGUUAUUAUGUUUGC